CCUACCCCCCACUCGCUGGUUGCUUCGCACUCCUCCGCUCCUAAACGGACACGCUAUCAUCCGUAUGUACUCACAUUACAGGCACGGCACGAUGCGGCAUUUUAAUCGCAGCACAGCACACAGCAGCCGCGUUUGUGAACCAGGAUAGCGAAGGCUAAGUUUAGUGGUUUCCUUUUCUCGCCUCAUAUCUGCCGGCGCUGAGAUCUGUCAAACCGUAUGGCCGUAUACUAAUUGGAUCUUGUUGAGACUGCCAGGUGUCUGUGGCAUACAUUUGCGCAAUUCGUAACACUCUCAUUGUGCUCACAUUCGAGCCCUAUCUCCAAGUAUCGUAGCUUGGACGCUUCUAGAAGUAUUCAAGCAAUCCUCGUUCGAUCAAGAAAUAAGCAAGACUUCCUGAUCUCGACCUCUACGCUUCAAUACCUCGAAGGGUAAUACGUUAGAUUGUGUCCAAGAUGGCUUCUCUCCCAGACCGUAACGGCAGCACCGACCCAUUACCCAACGGCAAGAACCACCCAGGUACCGCAUCACGCCCCACAGCGACCAUGACUCCCCCGCCAUCGCCUUUAUCCUCCGCGAAGUCCUUGCCUAUGAUCGAUAUCUCCUCCUUCCUGGACCAGUCUUCCACCCUCGAAGCUCGCCAGGCAACUGCAUCCUCCAUAAAAACGGCCUGUAUGGACUACGGCUUCUUCUACCUCAUCGGUCACGGCAUCCCCGUCGCCAAACUCGGCCAAAUCGUCUCCCUCGCCCGCGCAUUCUUCGCGCUUCGCCUCGAGGAAAAGAACAAGAUCAAGCGCCAUGACGCCGACGGACCGGAAGGCGGUGAUGGUGCACGCGGGUACCAGAGUAUGGGUGAGAACAUCACACUCGGGCGUCGCGACAUGCAUGAGGCAGUCGACCUGUAUCGCGAAUGGGAUCAUGCAGAGAAGCAAGAAGGGAAGGGCGGACCUGGGACAUGCAAGACACUUCAAGGGCCUAAUCUAUGGCCUGCACAGCCGGAGGAGCUUAAGCCCGUCUAUCUCGACUACAUCACCCAACUUCAACACGUCGCGGAAGCACUUGUGCGCGCAAUGGGCGUAGCGCUCGACCUCGGCCCCAGCGUUCCCGGCGCAACCAGGAGCACUGAAGAUGAGGAAGUCUUCGUCCGCAACACAGAUCAGUCCUUCUGGGUCAUGCGCAUGAUCAGGUACCCAAAACUUGACAGCCCGGCUCUAACAGAGGAUGAAGACAUAACCCAGUUCUCAUGCGGUGAGCACACGGACUACGGCUGCGUUACUUUGCUCCUCACCGAUCCGACGCCCGGCGCUCUGCAAGUCCUGCUCAAAGACAACACUACAUGGCUGAACGCGGACCCCAUCCGCGGCGCCUUUGUUGUGAACAUUGGGGAUAUGAUUGAGCGGUGGACGAAUGGGUUGUGGAAGAGCACGCGGCACAGGGUUAUCCAUCGCGGGGAUGGGUACAGGGUUUCGGUGCCAUUUUUCUACGAGCCGAAUUUUACGAGUUUGGUGAAGCCGUUGCAGAGGUGUGUUGAGAGGAGCGGCAAGGAGCCGAUACAUGAGGGGAAUACGUAUGGCGAGCAUUUGCUGGGGAAGGUGUUUAAUAAUUUUUACAAUUGAGUAAUGGAGCAUUGCGGAGGAUGCGGUGAGGAGGUCUGUUGGGAUGGCCUGUUGGGUGGUUUUGGAGGGGAGCCGCCGCGUUCAAUGGUUGGAUGCUUUUUAUGCGAAGGAAGCGUUGUUGCCAACAGCGCCAGUUAUGCGAAUGGACUAUGAAUCUCUAGGCUCAUGAUGAAGAUCUUCAACGUAUGAAUUCCGAGUGCGCUUGUAAAG